AUGUCAGUGUUCCCAAUUGUUUUCGACUCGUACCACGCCCGUCCUUUCCACCGUCACUGUCAUCGUCGCCAUCCCAACUUAGACAGUUUGGUCGAUGUUUUGGGCGCCGUUCAGGCCGUGGAGCCGCUUCUUCAGGCCGUGGAACGCGAGCACAACGGGUAUUACGUGAACAAUGUUGAGUUCAACAAGGAAGGAGACAUGCUUGUUCACUGCGAAACCGAAGGCUUCAAACCCGAGGAAUUGAGUGUGGAUUUGGAAGGUGAGGUCUUGAAGAUCAGUGGACUGCAUAAAGAAGAGAAAGACGAUGAGAAAGUGGAGAGGACUUUCAACCGACACAUCAGGAUUCCGAAGAAUGUGGAUGUACAAAAAAUCUCGUGCCAAGUCGAUGAUAAAGGGCAAUUGACGGUCAAAGUCCCUGCUGUUCAACCGGUGGAGGCGAAGAAACAGAACAUCCCCAUUCAAGUGAAGCCCGCUGAGGAGAAAAAGCAAUAA